AUAUGUAUAUCAUAUCAACGCAAUCAAACGCAAUGGUUGGUCGUUAACAUUCGUGAAAAUAACGAUUGACAUUUUUUCAUAUAGUAGGUGGUUUAUCCUCUGCUCGAUAGUCAUCAAUUAGUCAACAAAAUUGAUAAAAAUGCUGGAGUGGGCCUACGAGGGGGUAAACGCCUCAAUACCACGUAAUGUGGGGCCUGAGUGUGCAUACUACUUGCCGUUCAAAUACAAAAUAAUCGAGACACUCUCUGUGUCAGUAUUAAUUAUGUACCUCGUUAUGAAGGGCUACAGAAACAUAAGUUUGCCAUCAAAGAAUAUGAAAUACAUUAAUGAGGAUCGGAGUGGGAGAACAAUAUUGCUAGUUGUCAUGACUCUUAUUCUUGGCAUUGAAAUCGGAUUCAAAUUUUCUAGUAGAACUGUGGUUUAUUUGCUCAAUCCGUGUCAUAUAACUACAGCUGUUCAGUUGUACCUAUUAUCAGCAAAACCUAGUCCAACUGUUACUGCCCUCUUCAGACUACAGUUAAAUUUUAUGAAUGGCCCAAUUCUGGCUUACGUUUUCCCUGAGACAGAGUCCCGAAAGAUAUUUGCUGAUAAAGCCAUGUACUAUCUCCAGCACGGUUUAAUGAUUAUCAUAUCAUAUUACCUAUUAAGAAUUGGUGGGGCAUAUAGUGUAGAACCACUCAGGGAUUUCAGUUGGUGCUUUCUAGGAUAUGGCAUUAAUCUUGCCUAUCAUUUUUGGAUUCUUCAACUCGCUGCAUUGCCAGUACAAGUCAAUCUCAGUCAUAUGCUGUGUCCAGCUAUCCUGGAUCCUUUCCAAGGACAAUACUAUCGUCUCUGGGCUGUAACACAUCAGGCAUUAUUAUGCCCUCUCCUAUCAAAAUUAAUAUGUUUUUCAUCGAAUAUCUUCCUAACAAAGUUUCCACAUCUUAGAGUAACCGGCAAACAACAAUCUCCUGGUAAUGGCAAUGAAGUAAUAAAAAUUAAGGACCGACUGGAAAAGUGCAAAAAUGGCAGUCUACACGCCGAUUAAAUUGACAAGCAUCUUUCUCAAAUUAAUAUCAAUUUAUCUGGUCUUAAAUAUGCUACGCAAACUUGUACUGUGAUCAAUUAGUCUGCCUAAAUCACUUUUAACUUCAAAUCUCAUAAUAUUCAAAAAUACUCUCAAUUUAUUCUACUUGUUUUUCUUUUUAUUUUCUUUCUGAUUCAAUCAACAUUUCUAUGGAUUACAUAGUUGAAGAUAUUGAUUAAAAAAUAGAGAGAACAACUUUGAGGGUUACAACUAAAUGUACUUAACAUGCUUGAAAAAUCUCUAGUAUGCAGUACAAAUACAUUUUUUCAUAGAUUUUGUCUCCACUCAUUAGUCAUUUCAAUGUUUAAAAUACUUCAUUCAUUUACUAAUUGUAUCUAGAUUAUUUCAAUUAGAUGUUCAAUUGAAAUUUUUGAAUUUCAAAUAAAUUUAUUUAUUUACAUAUAAUACAUAUCUAUUGAAUCGUAUAUAUAUGGUGAAUUUGUAUAAUUAGGUGUUUGAUUUAAAAAACAUAAUGAGUGUUUUUUUCUUCUUUUCAAGACCAGUUGAACGACUAUGUACAUUGAAUUUGUACAAAAAAUAUGAAAGAAUUGUCAUUGAGAUGUGGACAUUUUGUUUGAAGGCUCCAUUACCAAAUUACUAAAUAUUUACAUGACAUUUAUUUUUUAUGGCAAUGAUUGUAAAUAAUCAAUGGCAAGGUUUAAGUGUUUCUCUUAAUUAUUACCUAUAUUAAUUAUGUAAAAAUUGUGGUUAUCUGUAAAUAUUAAUGAAACUGAUUGCAUCAACAAAUGAUUAUUAAAAAGAUGAAAAAGAAAGGAAAA